AGCCGCCGAUGUUGCCGCCGCCGCCGCCGCCGCCGCCGCCCCUUAUGCUUCUCCCGCUCCUCCUUGCCGCCAGCUCCUUCGCCGCGGCCAAUGCCAAGGCUACACCCCCGUCUGCCACCGCGGCGGCAGGCGCCCGCGCCGGCUCCCCUGCCCCGGUUCCGACGCCGUGGCCGGAGCAGUUCCACGCGGUGAUUUUCACGAACCUCACCGAGAGCGGCGGCCGGCUGCAGCUGAUAGACAUCUACUACGACUGGCCCAAGGGCCGCAACCUCAACCUCAUCCACAACCAGCUCUCCGGCGACCCGACCUACAACGUCGAGUGGGCCAACGGCACCUCCUACCUCUUCGACGCCGCGUCCUGCUGGACCUUCCACUUCGCCGUGGGCCUCCUGCCGCCCGACUGGAUGAAGGCCCGCGGCGCCGCCUACCUGGGCCGCGGCCGCCUCGACGGCUUCGACUGCCACGUCUGGUCCAACUUCCUCUUCGCACGCUACUACGAGGACGCCGCCACCGGCCGCCCCGUCGGAUGGAACUUCAACGGGAUGUUGCGGCAUGUGCUGAGCUUUGAGGCAGGGGCAGUGCUGUCGGACUCCGGCAAGUGGCAGGCGCCGGCUUACUGCUUCAAUGGCAGCAACGCCGACGCCCCUGCUCCUUCUCCGGUUGAUCAGCUGAUUCGCCGGGGCUCCGGCAGCAGCUAAAGGUCCUCCACAGUGUGUUGCCAGAGUGAUGCAAAAUACUAUUUUCCAUACCAUUCAAUAGGAAAUCUGGCACCCCCACUCCCUUUGGCAGCAUCUACUAAUUUGGAACUUAAUUUGAAAGCGAUAUUUCGACCCGGACACUUUUGGAUGCUUCUAAUAACCAACGAAUAGCAAGUGCUCUUCCUUGUUUAGAUCCUAUUUCAAUCGGAACUUUCCGCGUCGAUCCUUUUUUAUUACGUCUUGUUUUUACUCCUAUAUUGGGAGUUACUC